UUUGGUUCAAAAGUUUUGUAAAUUUGUUUUAGCAUAUAAAUAGAUCAGUAUUGUAUAGUGUUCUUGUAAAUUUAUUGUUUUGUGUAUAUAUUUUAUGUAGAUAGUGUUUAAAUCUUGCUGUACUACCGGUGAGUCUAUUUAUUUAAUUACUUGGAGCCGCAAUGAACGACCCGCCCGAUCCGGGCGGUUCUCUGCCGCCCGAUGAAAUUUCCCUUGAUGCUAGUAAUGUUCCGCCGGCGGGUCAUUUCGUUACGGUUACAUCUAACCAUGGUUGGGAAUCCGAUAAUUCCACAUCGGGUUCAACAGCUUGCCCUCGCAAGCGUAGCCGUAAUAAGAAAAGUCGUAAACAUCAGGCUAAAAUUGAACGUAGACUUCUUGCUAAAAAUAUGACAGAAGAAUCUACUGAUAUGGAUCACCAAGAUGUUCCACAGACACAGCAAAAGGUCAUUGCACCUGCAACUAGUAUCUCUGACUUGCCUCCGUCCAACCCUACUCCAAUUGCUCGUAAUCUGUAUAAUGAAUCAGACAGUGCGCCCUACGUAGUCCAUGUUCAGAAGAUCGAAACUAGCCCAAAUGAAGGUCCGUCAAUGCACGCACUCUCAUUUGGGAAAUUCCUGAAACAGAAUUCCUUUCAAUGUAUAGUUAAUGGUAGUGUAAAGCAAAUUGGCCGGAACAAAAUUUCGAUUUCAUUCUCGAACUUCAACCAUGCGAACCUGUUUUUAACUCACAAUAGUUUAGUGACCAAAAACUACAAAGCCUUCAUUCCCUCCUUUAAUGUUACAAGGAUGGGCCUUGUGAGAAGUAUACCAGCGGAUUGGUCACCGGAGGAAAUAAUUGAAAACAUUACAGUACCAGAUGAUUGUGGUAAAAUUAUAAAAGUUAGGCGGCUGAAUUACAAAGUCUUUGUGGAUGGUGCUCCUAUUUGGAAACCAUCUCAAUCCAUUGUAUUAACUUUUGAUGGACAAGUAUUACCUAAGCGCAUAUUUAUGUGUUAUAAUGCCUUACCUGUAGAGCUUUACAUUUUUCCCACUAUCCAGUGUUAUAAUUGUUGCCGUUUUGGACACACAAAAGUUCAAUGUCGUUCCAAAGCAAGAUGCUUCAAGUGUAGCCAAGGUCAUGCUGGCGACACAUGCCAAACUGACGAAAUUAAAGCAUCAUGCUGUUUGUGUUCUGGGUUCCACUAUGCCACAAGUAAAUCCUGCCCUGAAUUUCUAAUAACUCCAUGUCAUAUGCAGAAGCCUCAAAAAUUCAUCCACCAGUAUCCAAGUCUUAUGCAGACAUAGUUACAGCAAAAUCGAAUUCCCAAAUAGUACAGGAUAAGUCUCCUAAUCUUGUUUCAUCCUACAAAAAAACGGUAUACAAAACUCCUCGUUCCACUCCCACAUUAGGCAAAAGCUAUGACCGUGAAGCACAUGAGGCUAUCAUUAGGGAAAACUUAAUUCCUUCCCCAUCUAAUGGUUGUGCUAUUAAUACCGAAUUUCAUAAUAAAGAAUCACCAGUAUCUCUACCUGAAUUAAUACUUGCUCUUAUUAAUAUUGUUUCUAAGUCAAAUUCUAGUUCACCGUCCCACGCUGCCUAUAUAAUUGAUAAGUGUAUGAGAGUCAUUCAAGAUGGCGAUGCAAGCUAAGCUGCUACAGUGGAACUGUCGCAGCAUAGUUAGUAAAAAAAGUGAAAUUAUAUACUUGCUAAACAAAUAUAAGCCAUUUGUCUUUGCUUUAGCAGAGACAUGGCUCAAACCCAUGCAAAAUUUUAAAGUGCAUGGAUAUACCUCUGUCAGAGAUGACAGACCUGAUGGGUAUGGUGGUACUGCACUUUUAGUUAAAAGCUCAGUGCCAUUUUCUAUUAUCUCACUACCUUCCCAUUCUGUAAAUAUGUCAAUUGUAGCUAUAAGUGUGUAUAAUAUCUGUAUAGUUUCAUUGUACAUUCCUCAUCCAUCUGUAGAUAUUUCUGAAGUAAUUAACCGGUUAUUCUCCCUUCUCCCUAGACCUUUUCUAGUAUUAGGAGAUUUUAACUCCCACCACCAAUCUUGGGGUAGCUCGCUAACUAAUAGUUUUGGUGAAGAUUUUAUUGAAAUGUUUGAUGCACAUAACCUUUGUAUUUUAAAUACAGGAGCACCCACCCGUCGUUCUCAACCUGGUCAAAACAAUAGUGUUGUUGACCUAUCAAUUUGCACCCCUAGCCUGGCUUCUACACUAUCCUGGGAAACAUUACAGUCAACUUUCGGCAGUGACCAUUUUCCGAUCAUUAUCUCUUUUCCAUCCAUAAGGUCAACAAACUCUAGCCACUGUUCUCGGCUCAGAUACUCCAUCCCUAGUAAAUCAGUUACUCAGUGGAACCAGUACAGGAGUUGUGUUGAAAGAAGAGCAUCAUUACUUCCAGUUUUCGAUUCAAAUAACCUUAGUUCUUGUGCUGCUGCUUUGGCUAAUAUUUUAGUAGAUGCCGCUAAUGAAAUUUUUCCUAAAAAGACUACCCCUACAAAAAUACCUUCCCCCCCUUGGUGGGAUAAAGACUGCACUAUAGCUAUCAAAAAUCGUAAAGAGGCCGAAAUAAACUAUAAAAAUAAUAUGAAUGAAGAUAAUUAUAAUAUACUCUUAGAAAUUACAGCUGAUACGCGAAAACUGUUUAAAAUGAAGAAGUUCGAUGGAUGGAGGAAGUUUUGUGAUUCUAUUUCACCAAACACUCCUCCGACCUUAGUGUGGCGCAAUAUUAAAAGAUUUAGAUCAGCUAUGACAGACUCUUCUUUCAGCACAGUUCCUGUAUCUCUAGCGGACGAGUUUCUUGAUAAGUUAGCCCCACCCUGGGUACCAGAAAACAUUAGCCUUUUUCCAUAUUCUUCGCAAGAAUUGAUUGGUCUAAAUUCUCCCUUCACUAUAACUGAGCUCAAAGGCGCUAUUGCUAACGCCAAAGACUCUGCUCCUGGAGCAGAUGGGAUUUCUUAUGCAUUUUUAGCCAACAUUUCCAAUAGCAUCCUUUGUUAUUAUUUAUCCAUCAUCAAUGACAUAUUGUUGACAGGUGACAUUCCUCCAUCUUGGAAAUCACAGAUUGUAUUACCGAUUCUGAAACCAGGCAAACCUUCUUCCGACAUUUCUUCAUACCGUCCAAUAUCGUUAUCGUCGGUGCUACUUAAAUUAGCAGAACGUCUGAUUAAAAAUCGCCUAGAAUGGUAUAUUGAAAGUAACAGCCUGUUAGCCAAUAGCCAAUAUGGUUUCAGAAAAGGGAAAUCCACAUUAGAUAGUAUUAGUAUAUUUGUAUCUGAUAUUCGGUAUUCCCUUACGUUAAAUGAGUCUCCCAUAGCGGUGUUCCUAGACAUAAAUUCUGCAUAUGAUAAUGUUCUUUUAUCUGUUUUAAAAACUAAGUUAAAUGCGUUAAAAGUGCCCCAUUUGCUAUGUAAUUUUAUUUUAAAGAUUUUAUCUCAGCGGUGUUUAAUACUUCCGGUCGCCGACUCAGAAACAAAGCGCUCAGUGUGGAGAGGAUUACCUCAAGGGUCUGUGUUAAGCCCCCUUCUAUAUAAUAUAUACACGUAUGAUCUAGCUUCAUCUUUAGGCAAUAAUAUAAAAAUACUUCAGUACGCAGACGACUUAUUACUUUAUCAAUCUAGCCCGUCUGUAGGGCAAACUCAAAACCUAUUACAGAACUCUCUUAAUCUGCUUAAAAUCUGGAUGGAUGAAAAUGGUAUGAAUUUAUCAGUAGCUAAAAGCGCUGUAGUUAUUUUUUCUCGUAUGCGCAAUCCUACUCCUUUUCAGUUGUACUAUGUUAAUAAUGUUAUUCCUAUUCUCAAUGAAUACAAGUUUCUGGGUGUAAUCCUUGAUUCAAAACUUACCGGAGUUCCUCAUUGUAACUUUGUUUCCAACAAGUGUGAAAAACUUCUUAAUAUGCUAAGAUGCCUUUCAGGCGUCUGGUGGGGAGCUCAUCCUUUUUCUAUGAAAUUGAUAUAUAACGCAUUAAUUAGGAGUAUAUUAGAUUAUGGCACAUUUCUAUUGGAACCUGCAAAUGUUUCAGCGUUUAAAAAGCUGGAUUUAAUCCAAAAUAAGGCUUUAAGAAUUAUUACGGGUGCGAUGAGGUCUAGCCCGAUAAAUGCUCUUCAGGUUGAAACCUGUGAGCCCCCACUCCAUCUAAGAAGACAGUAUCUAUCUGACAGAUUUAUUUUCAGAGUUAUUCAGUUAAAUAACCAUCCUCUUAUAUCCAAUCUCCAGGCUCUCCAAGAGGUAUCCUCUGAUAGUUAUUGGUCUCAUAAGUCUUUGCCCUGUAUAUUAAUUAGUUACCAAAAGUUCUUGUCCCUCACUUCUCCUACUCAUUGCUCUAAUCUUCUUCCUCUGUUUUCCAAUUCAUAUGAAGUCUUAACCUUUUCCCCGGUAAUUCAUUACAACCUUUUUGAUAAGUUAGACCCUUACAUUAAGGAUAAUUUUAGGUUUAUUACUGAUACACAAUUUAAUGAUUAUCACCAUAUUUUUUCAGACGCUUCUAAACAUUCCAAUUCUGGCUGUGUAGGCGUGGGUGUAUUUCACUCGCAAUCUAAAAUAGUACAAAAAGUGAAGCUUCCUCCUGAGUCUUCGGUAUUCACAGGGGAAUGUUUUGGCUUGUUUAAGGCAGUAGAAUAUAUUCGUGUAAUGAAAUUGAAAAGAGCCAUUAUUUUCACAGAUUCGUUAAGUGCCCUUCAGGCAUUGGAAAAAUUUCCAUUCCAUCAUAAAACUCCAUAUCCUAUUAUUUUUGAUACAAGAAAGAUUGCCUUUGAAUGUUCACUGAAGGGAUAUUCAAUUCAAUUUGCUUGGGUUCCGGGUCAUCGCGGAAUUUUAGGAAAUGAAACUGCAGACCGCGUCGCUAAUGAAGCUAUAUACUGUGGUGACAUGUUUCCAUUUAAAAACUAUAGUCACGAUUUGUUAAAUUUACCAAAAGCUUACCUAUAUGAUACAUGGACCAGUUUAUGGCAAUGGUCGAGUCUGUCUAAAGGUAAAUUGUAUUCACUUAUUCAGCCUCAAAUUCCGCGCAAACCUUGGUUUUUUAAAUCUAAGUUUGGUAAAAAUGUUACCUCAAUGUUAAUCCGAAUGAGGUUAGGUCAUGUCUGCACUCCGGUGCAUCUGGCCAGACUUCAUAUUUUAAAUAGUUCAUUAUGCGAGUGUGGGUUGGACGAAGGUGAUCUGAACCAUAUUUUCUUUUCAUGUCCUCUUAUCAACCGUGAUUCCUUUAUAAAUAAUCUCAUUUCCCAUAAAAUUCCUUUCCCUACCACCAUAUUAGCAUUACUUAGUCUUAAUGAUGUAAAUAUUCAUAAAUUCAUCUGUGAUUUUAUCAAUGUAAAUAACUUAAAAGUUUGAUUGUUUUUUUAUGUACAAUUAACCAUUGUACAUAAAAAAAACUGUAUAAUACUUAUGUCCUAUACUUAAGUUUAUGUAAAUAUCUCUGUAUUUUUAUACUAUAAUUUAAUAUCUAAUCUUUUAAUUUACUUUCCUGAUCUAUCCUUUUUCCAAAUUCCGAUUUCCGUUCCUUGUUUUCCUAAUUUCACGUUUCCUCGUUUUAUGGGGGGGAA